UGCUGCUUGGAGGAGCAAACCUGGCAACCUGGCUACUUGCGCGGAGACCGAUCGGGCAAUCUGGCAAUGCGGAAAUAGAUCUGGCACCCCGGAGCCGUACCGCGGAGAGAGGCGUGACGGAGCGAGCAGAGAGGAGAGGGGAUUUUCACUGACAAAGAUAAAAUAAUCAUCACUUUCUUUCCUCUCAGCUUUUUUUUUCUUUUCUUUUUUUAAUUAAAGUGCGCUCAGGUGCGCUCGUCUGCACCGGCUGGGGAUUAUUUUUUUUUUUCCCCCAGCGUUUGUUUCUUUUUAAUUUGUCAAGUCAAAGAAGAAGGAAGAAGAAGAAGAAGAAGUGCGUUUUUAUCGUUUGGAUCCCGGACUUCUUUACUGACUUCUUGUUUUGCAUCAAGCAUGGAUGUGUUGGCGAAUUACAGUAUUUUCCAGGAACUCCAACUCGUUCAUGACACUGGUUAUUUCUCCGCGAUGCCUUCCCUGGAGGAGAACUGGCAGCAGACAUGUCUAGAGUUGGAGCGCUACCUACAGACGGAACCCAAACGACUCUCGGAGCUCUUCGACGAGGAGCUGGACUGUCUCCUAACGCCAGCCUUCAUGCAGGGCGGGGACAGCGACGAGGACCUGAUGGACCCCCUCCUCCCCAGCCUCCCGGAUCAGCCGAGCCCGCCCCCUCUACUGGUAACCCUCCCGAAGGUCCAGGCCAAAAUCCUCCAGGUCCCCAACCCCAACAAGAGCCAAGCGGUAGCUGGGACCGAAACCCUCACAGCCAAGGACCAAGUCCUCGGAGGAGUCAGCGCGGCGCAGCUCAGCGCCGCCGUCACGUCCCUAACGCCGCCUUCGUCACCGGAGCUCGGCCGGCACCUUAUCAAACCCACACAAACACUCACUGCGACGGCGGACGGCACGUUAACGCUCAAGCUGGUGGCGAAGAAGGUGGGAUUAGGGGCGGCGAAGCUGGUGGCGGCGCGAGCGUUACCGUCCCCCCCGAGCCGAGGGGGAGCCCUCAGCGACAGCGAGCAGGGCGGCGGAGGGAGCGUGGGAGGAGACGUACCGGAGAACAAGAAGAGAGUCCAUCGGUGCCAGUUUAAUGGCUGCAGGAAGGUUUACACCAAGAGUUCCCAUCUGAAGGCACAUCAGAGGACCCACACAGGUGAGAAGCCCUAUAAGUGUUCAUGGGAGGGCUGCGAGUGGCGUUUUGCCCGCAGCGACGAGUUGACACGACACUACCGCAAACACACCGGAGCGAAGCCAUUCAAGUGCAACCACUGCGACAGGUGUUUCUCUCGGUCGGACCACCUGGCCCUGCACAUGAAGAGGCACAUCUGAGGGAGACGGGGAGGAGUGGGAGAGGAGGAGCAAGAAGAGGAGUAGUAGUAGUAGGAGGAGGAGGAGGAGGAGGAGGAUGAAGAGGAGGAGGAGGAGGAGAGACAGGAGGAGAGAGGGGUGGGCAGUGAAGCUACCACCGGCCCGCCCGGCCCGCCCGCCUCGUGUUCACCCCGUCUGAAAACCAUUCGGCUCGUCAUCGGCCGUCGGGGACGGGGACCUGGAGGAGCACGAGGAGUAGCUAGAUUGUUGUUUUUCUUUAAACUUACACGCUCACACUUGCAAUAGAGAACACUUCACACACAGACACACACACACGUUUUUUGGAUGCAUCAUCCCGGUGAACCCCGGCCGCUCUCCCAUGCAGCUCCGGGGGCUCGGACACUGCCAACUUUUACUCAACUCGCUUGAUGAGACAUUACGCCGCCUUUCUUUAUUUCUUCCUUUCUUUCUUUCUCUGUACUCAGUGUGUUUAAAAACUAUCGGGACAUUUUCCAAUGAGGUAAACUUUAAAUAUCCAUAUAGUCAGCUGUUAGCGCUUUACCGGCUUUUGAAAAUCACAAUACUCGGCUUCUUUCUUUUGCUGUUGGUGUUUCUCAUACACACGGAUCAUUAACGAAACCAUCACCUGCCGCAGUCAGCUCCAGUAAUCUAAACGUGAAGAAAACAACAACAAUGCCAAAUCUGCAGGAGAGAGACUGUACGGAAGGACUCCUAGCAUGGCUGACAAUCGAACCCAGGGCUCGGACACUGGGCGCACCCACGGGGCUUUUGGUCAGCGGGUGCCGCCGCUGCAGCUCUCAGGCUCUCCUCCAGUCGGUGUUUUGCAUCUCUCACCUUCACUGAGACGCCUGCCGCCUCCGCGGGCCACCUGACAGAAAUGCGCAGCGACACUUUCUUCCCUUUUUUUCUACUUAGAGGAAUUCUUCUUAUUGUUGUUAUUAAGAAAAAAAAAAAAAAGGAAUGACACUUUGUUCUUUUCUCUCUUGGAGAAAACGUCUUUGGACUCACUGAAAUGUGUUCGAGAGAGAGAGAGAGAGAAAAAAAAAAACUUAAAAAUCUAAGAUGACUUCAACAGAAUGUGUGGGAUGGGAAGGAGAGCGUCGUCGGUCUUUUAAUCCCCAUGUGCGCCGACUCUGCAUCUGCAGUCUGCAAGCAACCAGCGGAUGAACAAAAAAAAAGAGCAGAAUCAACUCGCUACUUCUUUUUUUUUUUUUUUUUGGACUAAAAUAAAAGCAGAAAGCAGAGAGGUCUUUGUCUUUUGUGCAGCUCUUUCUGCCCUGCGACUCACUGCAGCUGAAAAACAGAAAAACUCUGGUAAGACCUCACGCGGUCCAGUCAAGCAGAGGACUCGCUAAAAUCUGGAGUUCUGCUAUCUGGUUUGAGUUAUUUUGUUUGUUUUUUUUUUGUUUUUUUUUUGUGUGUGUGCGUUUUUUGAUUCUGAAAAUCAUCCCGAGCGCUUUCACGGCCUCUCUGAGAUCUCCCUGGCAGCACUGCAGGGCAGGAACAAAACAGCCGAACAGCAGCUUUUUCGGUUCCUCACGUGGGACUGAAAACGCCGACCGACCGACCGACCUUCGCGCGGUGACCACGAACAGACGCGGUCACGUCGACCCCAUCGAAUUUGCCUGUUUUCGUAUCCAUUGACUGCACUGACUUUUUUUCAAUGUUAUCUGUGCUUUCUUUUUUUACAGCGGAAAAAAAAAAUUUAAAAAAAAUACGGAAAAAAAAAACGAGGAACACGAAGAAAAAAAAAAUCAUAAAAGACUUGGAAAAAAUACAACACAAAAAACAAUUCUGUCUCACUCUAUACAUUGCAUACAGAACGAGCACGCGCUCGCCGUUUAACACACACACACACAAACGCACACUUACACUUCAGUUCCUUUGCUCCCGGCUCCUCUCGAGAUAAGACUAAUAAGAUUUAGGAAAAUAAUUAUAAAACUAAUGAACAGAGUUGGAAAACAAAACACUGCAUGGCAGGUUUUAUUGCACACACGCGCACACAGAACAGCUCAUGAACACACACACACGCGCACACACUUCCUGGAAUUAUAUGUUCUGCUCCCAAAUCUUUUUUCACAGUAGGAAUUUAGCAACUGUUGUUUAGUAGAAGAGUAUCUUAGCUCUCGGCUGGAGGUAACAAACGACUCCAAAUCCUUUUCGAAGUGAGAAAUCAGCUUGUUCUCAGUUCCAGCAUCACCCACAUAUCCCUCGCUACAGUUUGAGCCUCUCAUUUAAUCAGCAUUUUUUAUUAUUUAUUUAUUUUUUUUUUAUUUCAGAGACUCCGGUUGCGUUGUUGGUUACAGUUGAGUCUAUUAACCAUUGUUUUCAUCCGAAACAAAGAGCGACGCAGUUGGUCCCUUUAAGCAUUUGCAGCCAGAGGCGUUAUCACAGCUGGUAAAUCUGCUUUCCUGAAAAUGUAAAUCAAGGUCUCAGGCAGGCGGUUAUUGGGAUCAGACGCUCUAAUUAUUUCGUUCUAAUAUGUAGCGCAACAAACCGAUUUCCAAACUAAAAGUUGCCCUGUUAAAGAAAAUUGCUCGUAGCGUUUGUCUGCUAAGCAGCAUUUUUACGCUUGAGCUGCUACUUUGCUAAUUAAUGUCUUGAUCGUGCACAAAGCUACGUACUGCAUGUGCAGAUGUGCGUACUUGCAUUCUGCUGAUCGGUGUUUGACAGCGGCAGUGCUAGCAGUGUAGCAUUGCACCAACAAAGCUAACGGAGAAGACUGCAGGAUAGCAAAAUGUGCUAACCUGCAGAAAACUUCAGUUUUUACGAGGACAGCGAUUAAAGAUGCACAUUUAAUUUCAGUGAAAAGCAAGAAAAUCUGAGAAAUCGAGAAAUCUGAACCGCAUAUUUUAGUACGUUAAGAAUAUCUCUGAGUCCCAAAAUAUUUGCAGAUGUUCCUCGGCAGACCAGUGCGGGGGUGGUGUCUUACGCAGCGUUUAGCUAAUUUGAGCAGUAGAGAAGGUUCUCUCAUUGCAGCAAAAUUAAAUGCCUGCAGGAUGAUUUGCGAAAAAGUAAUUUGUAAGCUCCCUUCCUAGAGUUUUAUGGGCAUGCAACGCUCGUUAAAUCAAUGCUGGAUCAAGGCCGCUCUGCUUGAUGUUUGAUGAAAACAGUGACUUUAUCUGUAACCUGAAUGUAACCGAUACCACUCCGAUCUCCAAAGUAAAAAUGACAGAUGAGGGGAAAAAAAAAAAAAAAAAAAACUGUGGCAAACACAUAUCCAUAACGCCUGCUUCCUUUGCUCAAUAGUUGCAGAAAAAAAAAAAAUCAACUCGCCUUGCAAUCAGGGCAUUCAGCGCCGACAUUGACACUGCUGCUCCGUCCGCCCACCACCACCUAUUUGCCCCGUAGCGCAAGCAAACAGUCGGAUGCUCGCUGCUGCUGACUGGUGCAGUCGGGUGAGGGCGCAGGUUCCUGACGCUGGCGGGGGGAUUUCACAUCUCAGCGUGCCCAGUCAUCGUGCCAGUUGGCCUUGCCAGCCUUCAUUAGGUGAAAACAGUGAAAACAUUCCCCUCCUGGGGGGGGUUUAUGGUGCAGCUUCGAACAAUCGAUACCAAAAACCUCCAGCAUGGAACUGCCCUUCAGCCACGGGCAGAAUCUCCCCGGUCAGGAGAGACGGCCUCCACAUGAGUCCUGUGUAUCUAGCGGCAGCUUUCUCUACUAACUCUUAUCUUUCUGCUAAAUAUGACAAAGCAACUCGUGUUUCAGAUGAAUCCAGUGUUUCACUUUUUUUUUUUUAUUUUAUUUUAUUUCACUGUUCCUGUUACAAAAGCUGUGUUGAUGGUUGUUUUUCUUCAGCUUGGAUGAUGCAAAGACACGCCAAAAUGUUGAGGCACGCAACGGGACGUAGAAGGAGCCCUCCUACACAGGACGUACAAUCAAAGAGGGAUGGGGAACGUAGCACUUUUGUGAGGCUUUUGAUGGCAUGAAUGUGUAAAUGUAUGUGUGUGUGCGUGUGUGUGCGUGUGCGUGUGUGUCCGUUGGGCAAACUGUGAGGGAAGCAGUUGUUCAGCAAAGAGGUGCAUAAAGAAUGCGACCGUGUUGGGGAGGAAAAGGUCGACUGAACAGUGGCUGUUUUUUUUUUAGGUCUUAGUUUUGACCCUUCAUUCAUUCAUACAUUCAACACACGCCUUGCACUUCAGAGACUCCAGCUUAAUGCGUAUUGAACUUAGAUCAAAUCAGACCGUCUGCAGGAUUAGUUCACACGUUUUGGCUAAUUAUUCGUGUUGAUUGACUGAAAAGAAAGUGAAUUUAUUAGUUCUUAUGGGGAAAAAGGUGGAGGAGAAUCGAUGCCUUGUUGCAACAGAAUGCAGACGCUUGCGUCCGACUCAAGAUUGGAAAAUUGGUUAAAUUGUUCAGCCAAUGAGGAAACUGCUGUAAAAACACGUCUGUUAGGUUCUCUCCGAAAAGGAUGCACUUUGAGCACAUAUUUGUGUUUUUUUUUGUUUUGUUUUUUGGAUUUACGACUCAUGUGAAGCAAAUUACCCCAUUACUGUAAUUAUAAUACCGGCCAACAUGAGACACGUAAUUUAUAUGUUCUCUCCUCUCAGAUUAAAAUCUCUCCUGACACCUGACAGCUCUCCAAGUCACUUCAGAGCAAGAUUGGCGUUUUGUUCCCUUCGUGUCUCUCGGCCUGUCAGAGCAGGUUUUUAUUUUUUGUCGCAGCGCCACAGUGGGCCACAGUGGGUCUCCCGUCGUCUCCCAGGCUCCUCCAGGCCCGGCUAGCUGCCGUCCCACAGCUCUGAUUAGCAUUAGCACUCCCGGGUCCUCUACUCCAUUUUGCCGUUCAGCUAAUGAGGUAGCUCUGGGUCGCAGGGAAACCGAGAGGUCUGGAGAAAAAAAAUAAAAUAAAAUAACAGGCAUCUUGCGCCGGAGUGUUUCCACCAAAAGAAAAACCCUGUUAGAAAUGAGAAUUUCCUGCAGACUUUGAGAUAUUUGUCCAAACUUUGACGAAAAAGGGAUUAAAAAAAAUAAUAAUUUCCCCAAAUGAAUAUCGAAAUCAUUAAAUCAGCCAUUGCAUUUUAUCUCAUGGAUUACUGAUAAAAUGAAUUACCAUUUAUCUGCCAAGUCCCGGCGGAUAUUUAAUCCACUCUGCGUCUCCCGGCCCUCCCUCUCUCUUCCUUCACAGUUAAAGUGCCAUUCUGCUUUUCCCUCCAUCCUCACCCCAUCUCUUCCUUUCUGUCCACAGCAGUUGUCCAUGCACUAUCAGCUGCAGGAAUGCUGAAUGCACACUUUACACGUUUUUGCCCAAAGAUUUGCAUAUUUGCAAGUUAACUGCUGUGAAUGUAGUAGACGUAGUGGAAAAGAGCCGAGAGUCAGAGAUGCAGAAAAGGAGUGAAGGAUGGAGGAUGGAGGGAGGGGGGUUGUUAUCGUUUUUUUUUUUCUUUUACCUAACCGUCCAUUAACUCUUAAUUACCGAUAUGCUCCAACUCUUCAUGCUGCAUAACAUUCUCAGUCUCUCGUCUGCUGUCAGCUGGAGCCGAACACAUUGUUCACAAAUGUAAAAUAAUGUUCUCAUGGUCUUAUAGCGUGUCCAGUAUAGUGGCGCUAGCAGCUUAAGCAGGAGUGAAGUAGCUUUAGUUUAAGUUAGCUUCUUAGCACACUGCAGAUAGCACCGUCAAGUCUCAUUUCAAACACGAGGGUUGGCUCGAGUCUUCGGAAACUGUCACGGAAUCCGACGUUAGAUCAUUACCAUUGGGAAUAACUUCACUUCACACGAAAUGGGAAGAGUCCAGAGGAAAUCCUGAGGAUUUACUGGAGGUGUUUUCACACUGAAGGUCUAAAAAAAACAACGUGGUGAUAUGAGUAAAUUUUACGCCUUGGGUGCAGAAAAACACCUGGAUUUGGUGUUCUAUGAUCAACAGCAGAUGUUCUCUGGUUGGUUUCUUGGGUCUUUAGGUCUGAUGUAAAGAAGUUAAAAAGUGCUCCAUGUAUGGUUCUGUUUUUUGUGUGAAUGUCAGAAUGAGCACAGACAUAAUUUUCUGGCAGAAACGGAUUCAUUUUGGUGUGGAGUUACGGGGGCCCAUUUAACCGAGCUGUGUUUCACUUAACAAACCAAACGACACGCUCGAGACCCAUUAGUUGCAAAAGUUGCAUCUUAAUCUGCAGUUUUGUGACCAUCCUAUGAGAAAUGGAACACCAAAAAGUAAAAGACUAAAAUCAGUGUGAAAGCAGCCUUUAGACAUCAUCUGUGACCACUGCUCACUGUUUAGACAUUCUCCUCAGAGGAACCAGGCUUCAGUUUCCAGAGUUUUCCACCAUAUCAUCCUAAAGAAGGAUUGUCUCUUCUGGCAGCUUUUGUAAAUAGCGUGAGAUCUCAAACACAGAGCGCUCUGUGUGGAAUUAACCGUAACGUGGCAACAGCACCGUCUCAGACAUUUCUAUAGAUCUGCUUUAGUUCUUGCAAACAUUGCACUACAUGAUCAUACUUAGCUAUUGCACUCUUCAUGUGCGCGCACUGCUAGCAUAGUCUGUUGGAGCACUCUGUCAAAUAUCCACUUAACAUAUUUUUUGAAACGCAGCCGGGAUGCACUUUGCCGCCAAGAACGUUUUUUCUGGUCAGUCGGACGGACACAUCCGCUUAAACCCUCCAGUCUUCAUCACCCCUGCAGCAGUAUGUUGUCGUCUGCAAACACUCGAACAAACUUUCUUGGUAUCAGCGGCAUCCCGGUGUGACUCUUGUCUGUACCUACUGUGUUUGUCCAUGCUUGAUGUGUCAGUAUAUAAGAGAUUCACAGAUCUUUACUCCUCUCCUUUGUGUCUGUACGUUUCACCUCCCCCAACCCACAACAAACCCUCUUCGCCAAAAAACAAAAAAAAACAACAAAAAAAAACAAAACUCAACAAUCAGAGCCCCCCGGGGCCCGACAUGCUCAGAUAUCCAGCUGUUCUGAGGAGUAUUCUCAUGAGCUAUGCAGCUUGGGAGCUCCAAGCAGUUCUUUGGUGAGACUGCAAUAACUUUUCCACCUUGCCAGCUAAAUGUCCGUUUGGUCGGAGCAGAUUGUUUGACUUCAGCCGAUCCAUCCUUGUAGGUGUUUUUUUUUUUUUUUCUGUCUCAGUUUGCCCAUCCCCUGGCGCUUUCUUCUAAUGUUCUUUUAGUUCUGGCCUGUUCUAUCUCUCAGUACAUGAAAAGAGGAUUGGUACCAAAAAGAUUCAGUUUGUCUGUGAAACAUUACAGUGUAAUUUUCGUAGAGGUUUUGCUAAUUAGCAAGUUCAGCUAAUUAGCAAAACCAAUUUCUAAAAUCCAUUUCACUGUUGUUUUCGUUGGUCGAAAAAUUACCAAUUACAAAAAAAGUUUAUCUCUUAUUGACCAUAGAAACCAAAGAAUCCCCUGACAACAAUUAAGCCCAUGACCUUCGUAAAAAAAAAACUUUGUGAAUGUGAUUCUUUGGUUUCUUCAUUAACUGUUACUUGAAAUUUAAAUUGCUUUUCAGUGUAUCUUACUUUCAUGCUUUCGUUCAAUUUUACUGACGAACCUCGUCUCUUAAAAGUUUCAUCUCAGCAGGGUAAAGUAAAUAAGAUUCAGAGAGGCGGGGUUGUCCUUCUAGAUUAUUUCCACAUUAAACGUUUCCUGUUAUUGUGCCAUGGCUAAGAUAUCAAAAAAUGUGGUUAUAAUGGAAGUCAAUGGGACAUAUUUGUCCGCUGAGUAAAUUUUAAAUCUGAUGCUACACAAAAACUAACAAUGCAAUCAAGUUUAUGAAGUUAAUAUUUUUGAAAACUGAUAUGAAAAAAAUGCCCCAGCCACCCAACAUUAGUUUUAUGAAAAAAAGCAAUUUUUUGAUGUUUUGUUUUUUUUGUAAAAACAAGUGACUUCAGGUAAUUAAAGUGACAUUUAAAGGGUUAAAAUUCCUCAAAAUUAUUGACUUUUUGGUAGUUUUGUAAAGCGCGGAAGUGGUUUAAGAGAUUUUUGCAGACAAAAUCCUGUAUUUCACCCAUUUCAAAAUCUGGUGCAGUGGAUUUGGUGAUAAUGAGAUUGAAGUGGUGAAGAAAACUGAAAUAAACUUGGUGCCAAUCCUCUUGCGACAUAUUGAGUCGUCAAACCACUAUUGUCAACCGGAAGAGGUAUUUUUAGCACCUUUGUAUGAUCCUGUGUGUGUAAACGGAUCACGGCUAUAUGUUUCCUGGGAUGAAUGGAGUUGUAUAAAAGUGAAAAAAAGACAAGAAGAUGUGUUUUCACCAUCAUAACAUUCCUCUCACCGGUCCCACAGGGCCUCUGUAUCUCCAUUCACAUCAACCUUGGAUCCAUGAACCAUCACCUACACCCCCCACCGCCUUCUUCUCUUCUGUCACUGUCACCUCCGUUGACUUUAUGUUCAGUUCUUUUGUUUUACAAUUUUUUGCUGUACAAAGUGUUUAAAAUAUUAUUUGUAUUAUAUGAUGUUAGUAUGGUAAUGUUCUUUAUUAAGGAAGAAGAAAAUUUAUUUUUGUUACUGGUCUGUUUCAUAAUUCUUUUCUAAAUUGGUAUUGUAAGAUAUCUAUGCAAGAACUGUUAAGUGGAGCAUUUUUAUUUAAGAAUGUAAUAUGUGUAAUAAAUGGUAGAAUCUGA